AUGGCGCCCAAACGCAAGACCUCCGACGCGGACGGUAAGCUGCAGAAUAGCCAUACCGGCAAGCGAAGCCGGACUGGUUUGCGCGAACCGCAUCCCAAUGCCAAGCAGGCCGAAGAUUUCGGCAUCGUACUGCGCGAGUUUUACCCCCCAGAGAUGAGCAACGAGCGAUGCCAGGCCUACAACGACGGAACCAUCGAACGACCCAUCGAAGUGCUGGAGGCGGCAUGCCGCGAUACGUCCGACAAGCGCCGCUCGAUCGGCCCCGGGAAAGCCGUGGUCCAUUGGUUCAAAAGCGACCUGCGUCUUCAUGACAACCGUGCUCUCCAUGUGGCCUCGCAGCUGGCACGCGAUCACAAGAUCCCGCUGAUCGCUCUCUACAUCCUUUCUCCGGAGGACUUUACGGCACACCUGGCUAGUCCGGCGCGAGUUGACUUCACACUGCGCACGUUGAAACGGCUACAGACAGAUCUGGCGGAGCUCGAUAUACCUUUGUAUAUGGAGAGCCAAGAGAAGCGGAAAGCCAUCCCGGGUCGGAUCGUGGAAUUGUGUCAGCAAUGGAAUGCCAAACACCUUUGUGCAAAUAUCGAGUACGAGGUGGAUGAACUCCGGCGCGAAGCGAAACUCGUUCGCCUGUGUGCUGCAAAUGACAUCGAUCUGGCUCUUUCCCACGAUACCUGCGUCGUGACCCCGGGAGCCCUAAGCAGUCAACAGGGCAAGCAGUACGCUGUUUAUACACCCUGGUUCCGCUCCUGGCUUGCGUUUCUCAAAGAGAACCCGGAUUACCUCGAGAUAUCGGAGGAGCCCGGCUCGAACCCCGGGGAUGCGCGGAGGACGCUCUCCGAGCUUUUUGAUUGCAAGAUCCCGGCUGCGCCUGGCAACAAGCAAUUGUCGGACGAGGAAAAGAAACGAUUCGAACAGAUGUACCCGGCGGGCGAACACGAAGCCUUUCAGCGCCUGGAAAAAUUCCUAGAGAAGAAAGGUCGCGAGUACGACAAAAUGCGCAGCGUGGUCGCGGGGGAACACACCUCGGCCCUCAGCCCGUACUUUGCGUCGGGUGCCCUGAGUGCCCGUACCGCCGUGGUGACGGCGAAGAGGGCGAAUAGAAAUUUCCUGGACCGGGACAACAAUGGCUACGUCACCUGGAUCAGUGAGGUAGCCUGGCGUGACUUCUACAAGCAUGUGCUGGUGAAUUGGCCGUUUAUCUGUAUGAACAAGUGCUUCAAACCGGAGCAUACCAAUAUCGAAUGGGAGUAUGACUUGAAUCUAUUCCGGGCCUGGUGCGAUGGCAAGACCGGCUUUCCCAUCGUCGAUGCUGCGAUGCGCCAGCUCAAGCAUUCGGCCUGGAUGCACAACCGCACGCGCAUGGUGGUCUCGUCCUUUUUGACCAAAGACCUGCUGCUUGACUGGCGCCGUGGCGAGCGAUACUUCAUGGAGAACCUCAUCGACGGUGACUUUGCGUCCAAUCACGGCGGCUGGGGAUUUGGAUCCAGCACCGGCGUAGACCCGCAGCCCUAUUUCCGAGUGUUCAAUCCCCUCCGACAGAGCGAGCGAUUCGAUCCGGAUGGAGAGUACAUCCGCCAUUGGGUGCCAGAGCUACGCGACGUCAAGGAUAAAGCCAUCCAUGAACCCUACAACCGGGGAGCCGGACAGAUCGCGAAGAAGAACGGAUAUCCCGAGCCGAUCGUGGAGCAUUCGGAAAUGCGGAAUCGGGCGUUGGAGCGUUUUAAGCGCGCUUUGCAGCGGUGA